AUUCAUUCACGGACACAAGGCAGCGACAAAGCAUACUAACAACUUACGUCGCAUAAAAUCCUGAGAUACUCGCGAUCACCGAAAUCCGACAUAUACACUCUUCCCUCCCAGCGACCUCUUCGGAUACCCUCUUCAAACGCUCUUCCUCCGGCGAUAAAGGAACCCCACCAUCGCCAGCCUUCCGAUAGCUAGUUUCGACCAGGGCGUCUGACAACAACCUCCCUGGUAUACCGAGAGCUUCUUGGACAAUCUUGAGUACGGCUCAGGGCUCGACGGUCCGUCGAUAUCGAAUCUAUCGGGCCAGAAGCACAUAAUACAAGAUGUCUGGAGUAUGGGGCUGGUUUGGGGGGCAGAGUGCUCAGUCACGGAAAGAUAGCCCCAAGAAUGCCAUCCUCGGAUUAAGAGCACAGCUUGAAAUGCUGCAGAAACGGGAGCGACAUUUACAGAACCAGAUGGAUGAGCAAGAUGCGAUUGCAAGGAAGAAUGUCAGUACAAACAAGAAUGCCGCGAGAGCCGCUCUCAAACGGAAAAAGCAGCACGAGCACACCCUCGAGCAAACAUCCGCACAAAUAGCGACGUUAGAGCAACAAAUAUACUCCAUCGAAGCGGCGAAUAUCAACAGAGAAACUCUGGCGGCAAUGGAGCGGGCGGGAGAGGCUAUGAAACAGAUUCAUGGCAAACUCAAUAUCGAUAAGGUCGACGAGACGAUGGAUAAACUCCGAGAACAACAUGCCUUGGGCGAGGAGAUUGCCCAAGCUAUUACGAGUGCACCUAUCGGUGGGCCUAUCGACGAGACUGAGUUGGAUGAUGAGUUGGCAGAACUUGAGCAGGAGCAACUUGAUAACAAGAUGUUGAAGACUGGUACUGUUCCUGUGUCAGACGAAAUACACAGACUACCUGCGGCUGCGAACGGCGAGCUCAAGGGAAAGGCUCAUGCCGAGGAGGAAGACGAAGAGGAAGAGCUCCGGAAGCUGCAGGCUGAGAUGGCGAUGUGAUUGUGACGCUAUUCUGGUCACCGCUUUUUUUGAUACACUAAGAGAACUCUCGUACCUGGGACCUGCAUUGUGCUGAAGGAGUUCUGGCUACUUGGAAUUAUACUGCGUUAUCAAGAUUCCUGAUCCAUUUUCGAGCCGGCGUUGGGAUCUGCUGCACAUCUUUCAGAUACUGAACACCUCUUUCUACACCGACUCUAGUCAUUGUUCCAGCCCCAUCAUGAACGAGCUUGAGUCCUCGCAGAACUGUAUCAAGUGAACCUCACCGCCAAUCAGACCAUGCUAAGAAAGGCAGCUAUCCGUUUGGCUCCUUGGUCAUGUUCCAUAUUUGUGAAACAUAUCUCCACAUGGUGGUCGUGGUUGUGGCAAUUCGAACAGAAGGCUUACAAACUCGCAAAUGGAA